AUCUAUCUUCCCAAUUGUGCAAGUUUGUUUGGCAUUUGAUUGUGUUUUGGCUUUGGAGGAAUUCAGAAAUGGGUGUUCCAGUGAUUGACGUAAAGAACAUUGAUGGAGGAGACAGGAAGGCCAUUAUGGCUCAAAUCGCACAGGCUUGUGAAUCCCCUGGAUUUUUUCAGAUUGCAAACCAUGGUAUUGACCAUGGUCUUCUGGACCGUGUGAAGGAGGUAUGUUCACAGCAAUAUAAGAUUAACAGAGAGCAAAACUUCAAGGAUUCCUUACCAGUAAGGGCACUGAAUAGAGCCAUAGAAGCUGAAGCAAAGGGAAAUAAUGUUGACAAGAUUGAAAAUAUGGAUUGGGAAGAUGUUUUUCAAGUGCACGAGAUGAAAGACACAAAUUCUUGGCCUUCAGAGCCCAAAGAAUUCAAGGAGAUAAUUGAGGAGUUCCGCAGUCAAAUAUUCAAUCUAACAGAGAAACUGUUGGAAAUAAUAAGUGAAAGUUUGGGGCUAGAGAAAGGAUAUUUAAAAAGGGCAUUUGCUGGGGGAGAAAAGCCAUUCUUUGGCACCAAGGUGAGCCAUUAUCCUCCCUGCCCUAGGCCAGACCUGAUAAAGGGCAUCCGUGCUCAUACAGAUGCAGGUGGGCUCAUUCUUUUGUACCAAGAUGAUGAGGUUCCUGGCCUUCAAGUGCUUAACAAUGGUAGUUGGAUUGAUGUGCAACCUAUGCAAUACUCAAUAGUUGUGAACAUAGGUGAUCAGAUAGAAGCAGUGAGCAAUGGCAAGUAUAAGAGUGCAUGGCAUAGAAUUCUUCCAACAGAGGAUGGAAACCGCUUAUCAGUGGCAUCCUUCUAUAAUCCCUCAUACAAUGCACUGGUGAGCCCUGCACCUCAGCUCUUUGCUCAAGCUCAACCCAAUGGGAAUGCUGGUCAUGAGUUAUCUACUUAUCCAAAGUACCCAUUUGGUGAGUACAUGAAGAUUUACUCCGAGCAGAAAUAUGAAGCAAAAGAGCCCCGCUUCAAAGCAGUGGGAAGGUUGAAUGAACAAAUUUCUUGUUGAAUGAAAAUGUUAAGAAUUAGGGUUUAUAUUUAAUAAAUUAGUUGGGUGAGAAGUUAUUCGAAAAAAUAAUGACUUUAUAAAGUCAAUCUAUUGAAUGUAAUAGAUGCUGAAUGACUGUAAUAAAAACUUUCUUAUUUUCGUUAUUAGUUACAAUGUAAAUUUUCAUUAUUGCUCUACACUGGUAUUAGAGAAAGAUAGGUUGUAAGAGUAAUGCUGAGAAGAAUGAAAGAAGGAUUGUUCUUUGUUGAUAAGUGUUGGAUUUAUUGACAAAGGCA